AUGAGCCAGACCAACCAUACCUGGGUGGCAGAAUUUCUCCUUUUGGGUCUCUCUGAUGAUCCUCAGACUCAGGUAUUGCUCUUUGUAUUGUUCCUGGGGAUCUAUCUGGUGACUGUGCUUGGGAGUUUACUCCUCAUCUACCUGGUUCUGAGUGAUUCACAGCUCCAUACGCCCAUGUACUUUUUUCUAUGCAACUUGUCUGUGGCUGACCUCUGCUUCUCUACCAAUAUUGUUCCCCAAGCUAUGGUCCACAUGUUGACCAGGAGGAAGGUCAUUUCCUUCAUGGGCUGUGCUGCUCAACUUUUUCUUUUCCUCAUUUUUGGAGCUACCCAGUGUGCCUUGCUAGCUGUAAUGUCCUAUGACCGGUACUUGGCAAUCUGUGACCCCAUGCACUACUCUCUCAUCAUGACAAGGAGGAUGUGUGGCUUCUUAGCCUUGGGGUGUUGGAUCAGUGGUAUUGUAAUAUCUUUGGUGGACGCUACCUUCACACUACGGCUCCCCUUCCAAGGGGACAAUAGGAUUGCCCAUUUCUUUUGUGAGGCCCCUGCCCUCUUGACGGUGGCAUCUGCAGAUACUCAUAAUUCACAAAUGGUCAUUUUCCUUAUGGGAGUUAUAAUUCUUCUUGCACCUGUGUCCCUUAUUCUGGCAUCUUACUGCUCUAUUAUAGUAACUGUGGUCAAGAUGAAGACAACCUCUGGGAGACUCAAGGCAUUCUCUACCUGUGGCUCCCACCUCCUUGUGGUGAUUCUUUUUUAUGGAACAGCAAUAAUUUCCUACAUGACCCCCAAGUCCUCCAAAGAGCAGGUUAAAUUGAUUUCUGUGUUCUAUGCAGUGAUAAACCCUAUGCUUAACCCUCUCAUUUAUAGCCUGAGGAACAAGGAUGUAAAGAGGGCAUUUAGGAAUGCAACCAAUAGGGUGAAAACUUGUACACCCUAA